GGAUUUUGACCGUUCGUUGCCGUCAUUAGGUGUGUGGGAGAUGGCCUGAGAUUAGGCUGGCUGAUUUCCUCCUCAACCCUACACAGUGCGCAGACAACUCGACGCACUUCAUCACCUUACCUUCGUUCCCACCCUCCCUCCUUCCCACAUUUCGUGCGUAGCGGUGUGCACCUUCCUUGCUUGCAAACCGAUAGUGAGAAGCGAGAGGAAGGAGGGGACCUUUUGAACGUGACAUGGCAGCUGCGCUCUGUAGAUGAAUGCAAAUCAACUCUGGCUGGUGUGGGAGACGGGUAAAAACCACACGCCAAAGCAAGCCAAGAUGACAAGCUUCUCGUCCAGUUUGACAUGCUUCGGUGCGUAAAAAGAUCUGUUAUGCAUGGGGCUGUCACCUCCGUGACAGGACCCUAGUCAAGUCCGCUUGGCAUAACCACCUCGCCCUGCCUUACUGUGUAUGCCCCCCUACCUCUCUGGCUGCACUCUGCGUUGUUGCUGUCGAAUCAAUAGGUGGGCAGGAAGCAAUAAAGUGGACGGGCUAGGAGGGCUAGUCGAUACGUCCCUUGUCCAGGAAGGUACCGCCCGAUGAAAGUCUCACUGGCGCCAUUUGGCGGAAACGGGAUAAACCCCACGAGUAUCCUCCAUCCUGAGCCGCACAUUCCACCCUCUUCCUGUGGUUUGCCUGAUUGCUUGCCCGUCACCUGCUUGCUCCCUCGUCUCUCACCUCCUCACGAGGACAGCGCUAUUUCGAGAUAUCAUUUCUGUUUCAGCUUCUCGUCGUGCAUCUCACGCAUAGCCCGCCGACCUGGAUUCAAGCUACCACCACAAUCACUACAGGACAAGGUGUGGUGUGUUGUUCGGGUGGAUAAGGUACCUCGACUGCUACCUGACGCCUCAAAUCGGCUUGAUGAAAGUCUCUCCCCCGUUGCGACACAACCCGCUGCAGGUCAAAGUGUGCCCCAGCCCAGCCUACAGCACAUCUGGUUCCCUCACCCCUCCAUCCCUGUCUGCAGGGCCCGCCGUCGAGGUUCCUGGACUGUCGCGGUUCAAGCAGGGCCUGAAGAGAAAGGCCCCCUAUUCAGUCUUCAUCCACGAGUCCUGCUCCCGGUGCCGAAGCCUUCUCCCGCCGACCACUCGGUCAACGCCCCAGCUGCCGUCUGCAUCAACACCACAGCUCCCGCAGCCAGCCGCUCAACAUUCAUAAGAGGAACCCGGUUCCCUUCCCAUUCCUGGCUAUCAGCUCUGGCCCACAACCCUUCUACCUUGACAUUUCUACCUCGACACCUUUCAACCAAAACCAUGCUUGAAGUAACGGGCUACCCGCAACAGCAGUAUUUCGGAGGUCCUGCACACCGUGUAUUCCCUCCUUUGCCUCCGGCAGUGCCGUUGUCAUCCUCCACCCCUGAACUUCUCCGCGAAGUGGCCUUCAAUGCGUCCAAUUAUUAUUCCUCCUCGAACCCAGCCACAAAGCAGCAGGCAGAGACUCGCUCGGCAUCUGUAUCUUCUGUGUCGUCCUCGACAUCUCUCUCAAGUCCCCCAAGCAUGCAGCAUGGAACCAGUUCCCGGACGAUAUCACCAGUGCCUAGCAUGACAGAUUCAGCAAUCGGGAACGCUCUGGUAGCCGGCACUCACUACCAGCAGUCUCCUCAACCUCAGUCUUACACCCCGCAAGCACACACAACAUUGUCGCUGCCGAGCCCAUCCCAAUAUUUUCAGGCGCACAUGGCUCCUCCUGCGACUCUCUACUCGUCACUUUCUCAGAGACAAUACUCGCAGUCGCAACACUACGGUUACCAAGUCGGCUCGAUUCCCUCCCAUCCUUCGCCACUAUCGAUGCAGAGCUUUCCUGGACUGGGCUUCACCCACUUCGCCAUCUCGUCUUACCACUCUCCAUCGUCGGAUCUUCACUCGUAUCAAACGUCCCCAUUGCUCCAAUACCGGCCAGAAGUACGAGGCCCGUCCCCAUUUCUCAAGGGACUGCAGAGCUUGCCUCCCCAUAUCAUCAGCCGGAUCCACAGGUCAUUCACCUAUCUAGAAUGCUUCCAGGUGUCCAAAGUGUCCCGCUGGUUCAAGGAGAAAUUCGACCCCGCCAACCUCCCAGUCGAAGACAAGAUUGCUGGAGUUCGUUAUGCGGAACAAUACUAUCGCCGUUACUUCCCCGGCCGCGCUUCCUCUUCCAAUGCGAGUGGAAGCGGCAGGGAGUACGAUGCCAAGCACCCUGGAUCAUUCGGGUGCUACCACUGCUUCCAAAUCAAGGGUCCAGAGUGUUUUGAGCAAUUCAAAUGGAACAACCACCCAGAGGACGACGGAAACAACGAGACAGGCUCUUCCGCUAGUACGCUGGGGCCCGGUGCCGUCUCAGUUCGCUCGACGCCGCCGAAGUCUUCCGUGUCGGCCUACUCUUCGACAGGUAACCCGCAUUACGACCCGAGCCUUACGAGAAGCAGCGUCACGGCGGCGGCAAACAAUAGUCGCCGGGCGAGCAGAGCAGAAAGCACUGGAAGUCCAGCAUCGUCUUCCACCGCGGCAGGUGGCAGCAUGCCAUCGACGGACUCUCCGCGAAUCAAAGAGACUUGGGGAAUCCGCCGGUUCUGCAUUGACUGCGGUAUCAGGAAGCAAUACUAUCGCCCUGGCGAUCUGAUUGAGCUUUGCAAGACCAAAGAGGCGGUUUGGGUGUGCCAAUGCUGGAAAAUUCACUGGCGGCCUGCCGAGAUCAAAUGCACUGACUGUGGGUCGUUCAUUCCUCUUUCGACGCCAAGUAGGAGAAGAGGGCUUAACUCUCAAACGAUUCAUUGUUUUUCCUUGUCGAUUCCGCCUUUUGCUCUUUAGAAGGAUAUACCUCGCUCGCAUCUGGCUGCAUGUUUUUCCAAUGUCUGGGCUGGCAACUCUGCUUUUUGCGCAUUUACUGUCACUCACAUACUUUAUAUUAGGAGAAAGAUGGGAGGCGGCAGCCUGUUUUUGCAUUUGCGUAUUUUUUUCCCCGUUGAUAGCCACCUACACGGUUCUGUGUCAGAUUUCCUACGCAUUUUUACCACCUCGAACCAUCUACCUCGUUACGGAUGUAUUGAGACGAACCAAACAUCAUGAAGCGUGGUUUAUCACAGACUUUGUUCAGCCG